GCAUCGCAUCAGCUGCAAUCAUGCGCCCAAUUCUUAUUUUCCAUUGUUGGGUUGCCACGAUUAUUUGCUGUAACUGUAAUCAAUAGAUUUAGAAUACCUAAUGUUUAUAUGAUUCCCAUUUUGAUUUUCAAGUAUUGAUGGAGCACAACAGGCAGUAGUUCACCAUUAUACACCAAAAGAGCUUCAGGGGCUUCUCUGCCAUGCUCACGCCAGAACAAUUAAAGAAACUUUCUGAGAUUGAAUCAGUUGUUUUCGUCUUCGAGAGCCGGACAUAUCAUCUUCAGACCACACAUUUUUGGGAGUUCUUGGGAGUUGAUUCUAUUCACCAAUACAACCAAUUUCCCCUUGACAUGAAGUCGGAUAUUAUCAUUGGUGUCAUUGACAGUGGAAUUUGGCCUGAAUCAAAGAGCUUCAAUGGUAGAGGCUUAGGGCCUGUGCCCAAGAGAUUUAUGGGAGAAUGUGUCACUGGUGAUCAUUUUACAUUGGCAAACUGCAACAGGGAAUAAUCACAGAGGAUGUAGUUCAACUAAGGAAAGCUAUUGGUGCACCUGGAAUGGCUGUUCUCCAGAGAAGUAAAACAGGUCUAAGAAAUUCUAAUUAACUAUGAGUUGAUAGCAAGAAAGUGUGAGAGAAGUUCAGAACAAGAGAAAGAAAAAAGGUGGAAAGAAAAAGUUGGAAACACGAGGUUGCUAUUAGCCGGUACGAUCAGUACAAGUGGUUGGAAACACGAGGAGUGGAAGAAGAGAGUUUGGUUCAAUUCAGACUCUAUUGAAUUCUUGUACAAAUCAAGAAUUUAUCAAAUUGAAAUUAA